CCUUUGUUCCUGCCAUUUCCUCUGCCUGGGACGCCCUUCUUCCCUGGCCAGUCUCCACUCUCAGGACUCUCAACUCAGGCUCCCCUGAGCCUUUAGGCGCGGCUCUAGAAAUGCUUUCCUGACAGCCACACCCUCCACCAGCUCAGCUGCUCUAGACUCCGUACAGCAAAUAGUUAAGAGCCAGCCCUUUUCACCAGCCACUAACUCUGAGACACAGGGCAAGUUUCUUAUCUUCUCCAAGCUUCUGUUUCCUCACUGAUAAAGUGAGGGAAUCAUAAUACCAACCUUGGAGUUGUUAUGAGUGUGAAUACAUGUAAAGCCAGUUAAGGUGUAUACAGUGAGUUCAUGCUGAGAAAAGCACUGAGAGGAGCACCAGCACAUAAGACACAUGUUUCUGCUGUGGCUAUUGUCAUUAUUCAUGUUGGAUCAAAAGCUCCCCCAGGGCAGAGACCCUGCCUUAUCAGUCUGUCUUCCUGUUUUCAUAACACCGGGGCCAGGCCUGAUAUCAGAUCUGGGACCUCAGUAACUGAUGGCUGACCUGCCUCUCAGCUCCUCUGGAAGGGCUUUGGAAGUGGUGGUUUCCUCAUCCCAGCCUCGAUAUGUCUUCAUAUUGUCAUCGAGACUGUGCUGGCCUUUUAUGGCAUGUCUUUCAAGAGGUCUGAAUCACUUCUGUUCCAUGAUUCAGCCAAUAUGCAUGUCCCUCCUGUGGGUCAGGCCAAGUGGUAUUGAGAAAAGAGCACUGGAUUGGAAGACAGGAGAUGUGGGGUCUGCCACUCACUGACUAGGCCAGUUUGGGCCUCUCUAGAAAGGAGCUCGCUCUGGCAGGUCUCUGAAUUCUGUUGACCUUCCUGGUCCUCCUGUUUAUCCGUGUCCUUCUUCCCUGAAGCCGAGAAAGGUUGUAAACUCUUAACACCCUCUGCAAGUGAAGACAGGCCCAUGGCUCCAACCCCUAAAAGACUUAAAACCUGAUUAGUGUGGUAAGAAAUGUGUCCUCGUAUUCAAUUGUUCAUGAAAUACUUGAUGACGCCACCUCUGUACCAGGCCUGUGCUGGUCACAGGAAAGGCAGCAAGAGAAGGAGAGCCCAGGCGCUGUCUUCACAGAGUUCACAGGCCAAGGAGCACACAGCUGGAGCUAUAAUGCAGAUAAUCUAGGCACUUUUAACCAGUGCUUCUCAGAUUGGGUGGGAAUAUGUCAGGAGUCACCUAAGGAGUGUUUCCUCCUCAGCUGACAACCGCUGCUUUAGGCAAAAAAGUCACGUUGGUCUAGAUUAGUAGGUGCAGGAACCAGGCCUUUGAAGCCCUCUGAGGCCAGAGAUUGAAGCUUCUCUCCUGGCUCUGGGAUCAGCCCCAGACCAGGCCCCUGCCCCCAGGAGCCUCUGUGUCUGCUCUCUUCUUCCCAUCCAUAUUCCUUUCAGGAGGGUCACGCAGCACAAUGCCAGCUCUGCCCCUGGACCAACUCCAGAUCACCCACAAGGACCUGAAGACAGGGAAGCUGAGGACUUCACCAGCGCUGACACCAUGGGUCUGCAAGCACUUCUGAUGCAGUUCAACAAGUGCUACAAUCAGGGAAGCACAGACUGCAGGUGUUGGGGGAGCCCUGUGAACCCCUAAUCUAGUCGGGAUGGACUUGGGAGACUUCCUGGAGGAGCACCCCGAGCAGAAGGCAGACCGGUAUUUUGUGUUAUACAAACCGCCCCCUAAAGACAACAUUCCCGCCCUAGUGGAGGAGUACCUGGAACGCGCCACCUUCGUAGCCAAUGACCUCGACUGGCUCCUGGCCCUGCCUCACGAUAAAUUCUGGUGCCAGGUUGUCUUUGACGAGACCCUGCAGAAGUGCCUGGACUCCUACCUGCGCUAUGUCCCCCGAAAGUUCGACGAGUGGGUGGCCCCGGCCCCUGAGGUCGUUGACAUGCAGAAGCGCCUCCACCGAAGUGUUUUUCUCACCUUCCUCCGCAUGUCCACUCACAAGGAAUCCAAAGAUCACUUCAUAUCCCCCUCUGCUUUCGGAGAAAUCCUCUACAACAACUUCCUGUUUGACAUCCCAAAGAUCCUGGACCUCUGCGUGCUCUUUGGAAAAGGCAAUUCCCCGCUGCUGCAGAAGAUGAUAGGAAACAUCUUCAUCCAGCAACCAAGUUACUAUAAUGACCUGGAUGAAACCAUGCCCACCAUCCUUCAGGUCUUCAGCAAUAUCCUCCAGCACUGUGGCUUGCAGGGGGAUGGGGCCAGCGCCACACCCCAGAGGCUCGAGGAAAGGGGCCGGCUGACCCCCAGCGACAUGCCCCUCCUGGAAUUAAAGGACAUCGUGCUCUACCUGUGUGAUACCUGCACCACGCUCUGGGCCUUUCUGGAUAUCUUCCCUUCAGCUUGCCCGACCUUCCAGAAACACGACUUCUGUGACAGGCUAGCUUCAUUUUACGAAAUAGCAAUUCCCGAACUGGAGUCUGCAAUUAAGAAGAGGAGGCUUGAAGACAGCAAGCUGCUAGGUGACCUGUGGCAAAGGCUCUCCCAUUCCAGGAAGAAGCUACUGGAGAUUUUUCACAUCCUCCUGAACCAGAUCUGCCUUCUCCCAGUCCUAGAAAGCAGCUGUGACAACAUUCAGGGCUUCAUCGAAGAGUUCCUUCAGAUCUUCAGCUCCCUGCUGCAGGAGAAGAGGUUCCUCCGGGACUACGACGCACUCUUCCCCGUGGCCGAUGACGUCAGUCUGCUGCAGCAGGCCUCGUCAGUCUUGGACGAGACUCGGACUGCCUACAUCCUCCAGGCGGUCGAGAGUGCGUGGGAAGGGGUGGACCGAAGGAAAGCCAUUGAUGCCAAAGACCUACCAGCAGCUGAGAAUCCUAACGGGGUCACGACGGAGGCCGUCAGUGGACCGUCAUCACUUCCCCAGAACUCGGAGGAAGAGGAGUGCCUGGGGGCGGCGGCGGCCCCGGGCCCCACCGUGUGCGGCGUGGAGCUGGAUUCCCUCAUCUCCCAAGUGAAGGACCUGCUGCCAGACCUCGGCGAGGGCUUCAUCCUGGCCUGCCUGGAGCACUACAGCUAUAACCCGGAGCAGGUGAUCAACAACAUCCUGGAGGGGCGGCUGGCCCCCGCCCUCAGCCAGCUGGACCGCGGCCUGGACAGACAGGUGAAGCCGGACCCGACGCCCCUGCUGACGUCGCGUCACAACAUCUUCCAGAAUGAUGAAUUUGACGUGUUCAGCAGGGACUCGGUGGACCUGAGCCGGGUGCACAAGGGCAGGAGGAAGGAGGAGAGCGCGCGGAGCCUGCUGGACGACAAGCGGGAGGUGCUGGCACAGCGGCGGCGCUACGAGCAGUACAGCGUGGUGGUGGAGGAGGUGCCGCUGCAGCCAGGGGAGGGCUCGCCUUACCGCGGUGACGACUACGAGGACGAGUACGACGACACGUAUGACGGCAACCAGGUGGGCGCCAACGAUGCCGACUCGGACGAUGAGCUCGUCAGCCGCAGGCCCUUCACCAUCCCUCAGGUGCUGAGAACCAAAGUGCCCGGAGAAGGGCAGGAGGAGGACGAGGAGGAAGAGGAGGAGGAGGCUGAGGACGAGGCCCCCAAGCCCGACCACUUUGUGCAGGACCCUGCGGUGCUACGGGAGAGAGCAGAAGCCAGGCGCGUGGCCUUCCUGGCCAGGAAGGGGUACCGGCAUGACAGCUCGACCGUAGUGGCCGGCAGCCCUCGGGGCCACGGGCAGAGCCGUGAGACGACACAGGAACGCAGGAAGAAGGAAGCUAACAAGGCCUCGCGAGCCAACCACAACCGGAGAACCAUGGCCGACCGCAAAAGAAGCAAAGGCAUGAUUCCAUCCUGAGCCCGCCGCGCCAGGGCCAGCCGGACCUGCCAGGCUGAGGUACCAUAGCCGGGGCCUCCUCACCAGUUGGCCCCAUGCUGGUCUCAAGUUCAAGUCCACCCCUCAACAGCCUCAGCUUCGCAGCCCCCAGGAAGGCCGCCUCGUUGUCCACCAGCCAGCCGUGAGCGCCUUCCUGCAGAACACACAGUGCCUUAUCCCACAGCGGAGGAGCCACGGGGCCAGCGAGCAGGCGAAACCAGUGCCCAAACCUCAUGCAGCAAGACACCACCUCCCUUUCUCCCCGGACGGCAGGAAACCUGUGUAUUCAAAACAAAAGCAAACAAAUCCCAAAAAACCAAAAAAAGGCCUGCGAAUAAAGUUUUUGACCCUUCCAAGAAAUGAUCCAUGCUGGGCCUGUGACCCCUCCCCAUGUCCUAGUUCUCCGGUGACAGCUGCCUUCAAGAGAGAAGAGGGCAGGGCAAUGCUCUUUUCAUCAGCCUUUCGUGCUUGCCUCUCAUUCUAACCCCUUCUGAUCUCGCUCCGCCUCACUGUGUGGCACUGAGACCAUCACUCCCUUCUCUGAGCCUCCAGUCCCUGCCUGCAGAAGCAGGGGCUGAGGGUGUGAGGCCCUGCAGUCCUUCCGUGAUCUCAUUCAGUCCCCCGACCACCACCCUAGGAGGUAGGUAGGUACGAUUUUCAGCCCCAUAGUACAGAUGAGAGAGGCCAGGCACUGAGAACCGAAGGUGGCUGCCCGCCCACAGCAAGUAGGUGGGAGAUCAGGGAUUGGACAUUCAGUCUGAUCCCUGGCCUUUUCAGGGUCCUAGACCCCCAUGGGUGGUGUCAUUUCCAUCUCAUAGCUGCCCAAGAACAGUCGGUCAGGGCCAGAACCAGAACUCAGUGCCUCCUGGUUGCACAUAUAUUCCUUUAAAUCCUCCAAAAUCAAGGAGUCAGAGACAGGAAGAAACAAGUGACAAUGUCAUUGAAGCACGUGGGACUCGGGCCUUGUUACUCAAAGCCUCCUCCCAGGCAUGGCCAACCAGCUCCUCGUGUGGCCGCAGCUGCCAGACGUCCCGAUGCCUGGGCCGCCCAGAUUGUGGCUGAUUGGUUGCGGAUCAGCAGUGGGGCAUUUGCUGGGCUGACCCCCAGCCAGCCUGGCCUGGAGUCCAUCAGCAGAAGCCAGGGCCCCUGCCCAGCUGGACCUUGACAGAUCACCCUAGAUGCUAGUGCAAUUUAUUUGCACGUGGUUAGGAUGAGUGUCUGAAGCAGCGAGGCAGACAGGCACUUGACGGAUUGGUUUUGUUAGGUCAGCCCGCACAAGUGGAAAUCAAUAGCAAUUCCUCUGUCGCGCCAGUUCUCUGGCGUGUUUGAGAUGCAGAGCAGAUAUGAGGGUGGUGUCCUCCCCUCGCGCUGUUGGAUUAGCUGAGAUCAGGCCCGGGGCAGCCAUCCUGACAGGCAGCAGGAAGACUCUGUUUCCUCCUGGAGGCCUUUGCCAGGGACCCAGCUCAGUGGCAGGCCCUUUUUUUUAUUUUUCUCUGAGCUGCUCAAGCCCAGCUCUUGGCCCCUGGAGCAAAGGGAGGUGGGUUGGGGGAGCUCCCAGGCUUUACCUGCUUUACCUGGUACUGUUUAUACAGCCCCUCACACCUCCACUUGUCAUCUGUACCUCCUGACUGCCUGGAGUUCAGGCUUCACGUUAGCAUCCUGGUUUAAAGGAUUUGAGAAGACAGAGGCGAUUUUUGAAAUUUUCCAGAAUGUGGUGCCAGGUCCAACUUAGCCUCCCUUGAAGAAUCACCUCAAGGUGACUUUCCAUUUCAGAUCAUGAAGGCAACCUUUCGGGGAUGCUUUGGAAACAGCUCAGGGGUCAUCCAGAAUAGUGCUGGCACAUGUACCCCUUCACCUCUUGGGGCCUCAGUUUUCCUACAUAUAAAGUGGGUACCUUGGGCUAAAUGAAUGGUUUCCACUUGGUGCCAAUUAGAUCCACCGAGGAGGCCCCCGGGUUUAAGAUUGGUAGCAUUGUAAGUGAAGUGGGGUGGGGGCUCUGAACCCUGCCCACUCGCUCACUGGGCCCCACCACCCCCAUGACUGCGCCUAAGCAGGAAUUUUCUAAGUGCCUUCUCUGUACCCCGGCAGAGAACAUGGCUAUCCCUGGCGUUUCCCAGGAAGCCUUUAAGACCUUGUGCCUCCAAGAGAAUGUAGGACUUGAGUGUCUUUGUUUCUAGUUCAUGAUUGGCAAUGAUGGUGGACGUGUCAGUUUGAACAGUGCACCUGUGCCUCUGUGAGGUGGGUGGGCAGAGCCUGUCAUUGUGCGUUAAAAGGGGCCCUGGGAGCCCAGGGAGGGCGAGUAACAUGCCCAGAGUCCAUGGAUACAGACCCUUUCUAAGGGGCCCCUCUGAGAUGGCCAGGUGCAGUUUGGAAGAGUAAAUGCUUGGCGAGAACCUGCCAGUCCCAGCCACACAAGAAGCUUGGGUUAAAUGCUAUAGGGAGAGAAACAAACAAACAAACAAACAAAAACAAAAGUUAAACCCACCAAAAAUGCAGGGGUGUGUUGUGUAGCCCUUUAACAUGCUGUCAAUGAAUACUUGGUAGCAACAUGAGAAACUAACUAUUCAAGAAUUUUUUUUUAUUUUAAGAAUAAAUUUGAAAGCAGAAUACAUGGUAGUGCAUCAUGAUUGUGAAAAUGUUGGGGAAAAAGUGGGGUUUUUUGCAUUUUUUUCCGAGUCUGGAAAGGAAUGUGCAUAACUGAAAAUGAUGGUAAGAGCAUGGAUGACAAGGAUGGUGAGACCACAGUUAUUUGUAAUUAGAAUAAAAAGCACUUACCGUG